AAGGCCAGCAACAAUGUGACAGACAACACAAGCACUCGGCUCGGCGUAGUAGUGGAUGUCUUCAGUGAACGGAGAGCACAGGCGAUCCAAAUCCGGUCGCAUGCUCGCUGUGCAACAAGGCGGACAGAAACAAAAAUGAACCGCCGGAGAGCAGCAGCAGCACCAGGAGCAGAGGCAGCAGCACCAGGAGCAGCAUGCACUGAGGACAGGCACAGUAUUUAGGUCCUGUUUACCUGGUGGACACAUGGGCAGGAAGAAAUAGAGCCAUCGGUUCAGGCCCUCCAGCUGCUGACCUCUGCGCUGAGUCCUGGCCGCGGGGCUUUGUUGUUGGCGGGCCCGGCUGAACAGGCGUCGAUGUGAGUGAGAGGUAAUGAAGUCCAGUAUGAGGCAUUGGCGGAGGCUGGUGCUGGUGGGAAUGCUGGCUUGGGCUAUCCUCUUUCUCGCCCUUCUCUCUUACUUCCUGGAUGCUCGAGUUGACGAGCCCCUGACCUCUGCUGGCUCUUUGCUGUCCCAGCACCCUGACACACGUCGCCUGGCCUCCAUACAGGCCUCCCAUCAGCAGCAGCAGCAGCAGCAGCAGCAGCAGCAUACUGUCCUGGGCUCCCAACCUGAACAGGCUUUGCCGCUGACUACAAUUCAUCCCAGAGACAAGCCAGAGUUGGAGCCUUCUGCCAGUUCUGCAACCCCAGAGAGCAGCCUGGAGGCGAGCCACAGCCCAAACAGUGCUCCCUAUGCCGUGUAUGGUAGCCACGAAGCGAACCACCAGGACUACCUGGACCCGCAAAGCCUAGCCGCCUGGUCCUCUUUCGGUACCGAGAAUGUGGGUUCGGACCCCGCCGUCCGGAGUCGUGAGAGAACAUCUCAGGUCACAGAUGAACAGAAACAUGGCAGCACCACUCACUACCACGGUGGAGAGGAAGUAGAUGACGAGAGAGACAAUGAAGACGAAGACCUGGGGAACAGAAUGAGGACUACAGAAAAGAGGGACGGCGAUGACUCCUCCGACCUGGAGGAGUAUUAUUUCUCCAGGUCGGCCUCUCUGGUGCAGCGGCUGUGGAAGGGGCGGGCGUUCAUCAGCAUGCUGAAUCCCCGGCUGCAGCGCGCCAUGAAGGAGUACGUGAGGGCCAACAAGCACCACGUUUCCUACAGGGGCCGCCGCAAGACCAACCAGAGCGCCAAGGACCUGCUGUGUCAAAUAAAAGCCCAGUCCCAGCUGAGGACGGUGGACGGGUCCGAGGAGCCCUUCUCCUCGCUCGGCUGGGCUCGGCUCGUGCCGUCGUCGCCACUGGAUCAGAUGCGCGGGAAGCGGGGCCAAAGCAGCAGCUUCAAGACCUGCGCAGUGGUCACCUCUGCCGGUGCCAUCCUGCGCUCAGGACUGGGCAAAGAGAUUGACUCUCACGAUGCAGUUUUACGAUUCAACGCUGCCCCCACGGAGGGAUACGAGCAAGACGUGGGCACCAAAACCACUAUCCGCAUCAUGAACUCGCAGAUUUUGGCAAAUCCUAACUAUGGCUUCAACACGAGUUCUCUGUACAAGAAUGUAACUCUGGUGGCCUGGGACCCUGCACCGUAUGCUGUCAACUUACACAAGUGGUAUGCCGGUCCAGACUACAACCUGUUUGGUCCGUAUGUGGAGCACCGCAAGCAGCAUCCUGACCAGCCCUUCUAUAUCCUUCACCCCAGUUACAUCUGGGCUCUCUGGGAUGUGAUUCAGAGCAACACUCACGAGAACAUCCAGCCCAAUCCCCCUUCAUCUGGCUUCAUAGGCAUCCUCAUGAUGAUGGAGCUGUGCGAGCAGGUGCACGUGUACGAGUACAUUCCCUCCAUGAGGCAGACGGACCUGUGCCACUACCACGAGCGUUACUAUGACGCCGCCUGUACACUGGGUGCCUACCACCCCCUCCUUUUCGAGAAGAGCCUGAUCCAGCGGAUCAACACGGGCCCCGAGAGCGACUUGAAGAGCAGAGGCCGCGCCACUCUCCCAGGCCUGCGCACCGUCAACUGUGACAUCUGAAGAUAUGAAACCUGAACCCUCUGAGCCCGGACACACGCACACACUCUGGCCUUUUUGCCGGCCGACCAAGGGAGAGGUGCAAUAAAGCCACCACAGACGAGGAGGCUGAAGCUUACAAGUUUCAAAUUAGACCCAUGAAGAGCAUAAGCCAUAGUCCUCCAGGGAAGGAUCAACGUGGGGGUUUCUGAAAGACUGUGUCUUCAUCGAGACGGUUUACCAGACAGGUGGAGCUGAAAGACUUUUAUUUUUCCUCUGCUUUAGCUGAGCCACAUUAGCUGUGGAGCCGAGGGUAGCAACAGAUCGAUGUUUUAGACCGUUUUUUAAUAACUGGGUGUGAUUCAGUGGCGUGAAAUCUGUGUUUUUCAGUAGUACGGUGGCGGUCCACCGAUGGGAAAUGCCACUGUUUUUAACGAGGGAUGUUUUAUUUCUCUUAUUUUUAUUUUUUUUUUUUUUUUACUGGUCUAAAGGGUUGCGAACAAACCGAGAAGUCACCCACGCUGAAUGUGAAUACAGACGUACGUUCACACACUUUUACACGCGCGAAGCGGCAACGGAAGAGCGCAGGUCCCCGCGGAGACGCAGUCGAGCCGUCGCGCCGGGGCUGUACAUAUCCUCCUGCGAAAGUGGCCGUUCGUUUUUUUUUUAAAACUACUGAUGCCGUCGAGCUCGACGCCCGGGUUUGUCACUCCGUGUUCACAUUUUUCAGGAGCGCAGUUGUCGUAAAUCAAAAAAUCUAAGUAAAACGGGGCCAAAACGGAUCUUCGGAAAACAAACCGGUGCUCAGAACAGCCGUAACCCUGUGCCUAGUGGUCGACUGAACACUUUCCUCGGGUUGGUUUUGCCUUGAGACUGUUCGGAUACAUGCAGUACACACUGUGGCAGGACUGCAGUACCAUUCGGUUCAGUAGAGAGGUGUGGAGAGUUUUUCCUGAAGUGACGUGUUUCAGGGGAUUCUCAGCUCUGCCUCCGCAAUCACCAGCCCCCACCCCACUCCCCCCACCACCACCACGCCCCACCUCCCAUUUGUUGGUGGUCAGUUCACUCUUUAUUGAAUGUAAUUUUACCACUGCGUGUCGUGGCCAAAACCCUCUGCGGUACUUAUGUGCAGCUCAUCGCAGGGUUAUUUCUUUGUUACGUAACCGCAUGAUGCGCAUUCCCUUCAACUAUGUCUCAUAUUUUCCCCCGAAUCUUUUAAUAUUAGUCUGCGCCCAAUCCACAGCUUAGACUGGAGACGAUUAUAAAAGAGGAAUUCGGACCGGAAAUCUCUUUAGAUUUGCUUUGUCUCCAGGUUGGAUGAUCUUUAUGUUUACAGUGAGCCAGUGCCACAUCUGGGGAAAGCUCCGGAGGUAUGAGUUCAAUAUGGGGAAAGAAGGUUGUGUGUGUGUGUGUGUUUUAUGUUUUGUUUUUGUUGUUCUGGCUGCAGAUGCGCGGUCCGAAAACGGUUUGCCAAUAACAAAGAUUUUUUUUUUAUUAUUAUUAAGUGUUCUUUUCUACAAUAUGUGCUUGUGCCAUUGGUUGUGGUUUGGUAAAGAAGUGAAAACAUUACAAGAAUGAUACUUGGAAUAGAUGGCUCUGUUGUAGUAGUAGUAGUAAUAGUAGUAGUAGUAUAGUUGUGUGUAGAUGAUUCUGGGAUUUGACUCGGGCUGGGUAUUAUCAGAAUUGGUAUUAGUAUUACUUCAAAUGCACAGUUUCCUCCAGGAAAAAAAACUUUGAUAAUUGUACCUGGAAAAAAAGAUAAAGACAAAAUCAUCUCAUUUUUUUGGUGCCAGUUUUCAGCGUUGGUGUUUUCUACUGCAACAUUGGUAUAAUGUAAAUUGUGAUGUAGAAGUUUUCUGGAAAUUCCAAUUGAGAAAGUAUGUGAGUAUAUUAGACUAAAUAAGCCAAUGACUAAUUCAGUGAAUUACAUACAAAGGUUCUUCAUCACAUUGAUGCAAAAUUCUGUAAAACAAAUCUUGCCAUGGAAGCAUUUUAACGCACGAAAUGUUGAAGAUAGAAAUGUCGUGUUUAUAAUGUUCAGUAAAUGGUCUCACAAAACAUGCGUGUUGUAACAUAACCACAGUGUAUCGUGCUUCGAACACAUUUUCUUUAUGACGUAAAAAUAAAAAAAUACACAGCUUAAUACCCAGCCCCAGUUAUUUGACGAUUCUUAGAGCGAUGUACCCAGUACAGUCAGCAACUGUGACAGAGGAUUUAAGGUUUUUGAUGCUUAAGGAGAUUCCCUCAUUAAUUCUGAGUUGUUUUUAGCUCUGCUGUAGGUUUUACGGUUCUCUGUCGAGACAAACGACAACAUGUUCUAGUGCUUGUGAUUGUAGCACACUGAAGGUGCAAAAAAGCCCUGAACAUAUCUUACAUGUAUAUUUCUGAUUACUUUCCAAUGCACAGAGCAUGCAAAUAAGGAUCAGGGCUAAGUCUUAAACUGUCUGUGCUGUACUGUGCUGCAAGUAGUCACCAUUGUCAUUAAUGUUGUGGGAGGCGAUUGUGCCACAGGGUUUUCUUUUUCCUACGUGCUGUUUUUGCAGGUUUCUGAUGCAUGCUAGUGGAUCACAUCUAGCUGCGGCGCAGCUAUCAGCAGUCCCCUGGAAGCACUUAAUCGAGUGCAAUGCCUUCUGGCUACUUCAUCUUUGCAUCUUAAUAUUGUGCCAUAUUCCAUUUUUUAAUUAUGUCUCAGUUGGGUCGAAUAAAUGCGGGAUGAGGACUCGUAGUAAUAGCAGGACUCCUAAGGUGCUAUUGCUUCUCUCUGGGAUGAAGGUCAUCUUUAAUAGAUUUUUCUAUCUUCUUCAAGACAAUACUUGUAAUACGUACAGGGCAUUGUACUGAAACUUGACAUGAACUUUAAAGUUUGCUGUAGUAGUGAGCUGGAAAGACAUAUUUGGAGACAUUGUUGAUUACAUUUUCCCCUCACUGCUCUUUUCUCUUGAGGCCAGUUUUUCAUGUCUGGUUUUUAUUUGUUAUUGUGGGAAUUUCUGCCCCACAUUGCCUCUGACGGAUUGUUCAGCCUCUUUUUUCUUUUUUUUUUCCUUUACAUUUCCCUUCCUUCUUCUUCAGCUUCUUCCAGUAAUCCCAAAACGGGAUGAAGAGAACGAGAAGCAUCUAUGACUAAUAGUAAUAAGAGUGAAGAAUCAGUUUCACUCCCAGCAGCCUUAGGGUGUUAUUGAUUUUUAUUUGUCAGUGACUUCUCUUCUUCUUACACUUGAAUUGAUAUUUAAAUAGAGCAUUUGUAUGAUUUAAGCUGUUGUAAUUUGUCCUUUUUUACUGUGUAAAUAAAGGCGUCGUACAUGUCAA